CUAAUCGAUUAAAUACUUCUGCUUAAUCGAUUAAUAGUCGAUUUUUGCCUUAUAUCACACCCAGUCUUCGUCUUCUUCACCAUUCCCUUUUUCGAAUCAGAGAAACCCUAGCUUCUUCCCUUCUCAAUUUUUUCUCAAUCUUCAUCAUAAACUUCUCAAAUUUCUUCCAUUUUUUACCAAAUUUCAUCAAUUUCAAAAAGGAAAAAUGCUAAGGUGCAAGAACAUUUCCUCGGGUCAAGAAACGGCGGCAGAGGAGAGUGAGAGGCCAUGGCGUCGUGAAGGGAGCAAGUACAUUCACAUUCAAACGGGUCUCGCCUUCAACACUGGGGCUUCAGUCGAGAGGUUCCACAACACCUUCCUCACGAAGGAGAUUGUCUCUCCUAAGAUCGUGAACAAGGACCUCUUCAAAUCGGCGACCAAUGCCCCGAGUAAGUCUCUGUUUCUUCAGCAAGGUUUGCUUCGUUUCAUUCAUUUGACGUAUAAAUUCUUCUGUCCAAAUCUUAUACGUCAAUUUUAUGCAAAUCUUCGUACCACUAAGGGAGGUUCGCCAUCUCUCAUUUCCUAUGUUGACGGCAAAACCGUUUUCAUUGACGAUGCCGGUUUGACUUCUUUGUUUGGCCUUCGUCGCGGUGAAAUUACCGAAAACUUGGAUGAAACAUUCCAAGAUGAGGCAAUUUGGCGACAACUCGGGUUAGAUCAUCGUGACCUCAAGUUUAGAAUUUCUAGCAACCCGAGUGUCAUCAAUCUCACUUUAAUUCAACGCGUCCAACAAUACAUCUUCUCCUAUGUUUUGUUGCCCCGUGAUUCGAACCAUGGCGUUGUCAACAAGGACGAUAUUCGUUUGUUUCACGUCCUGUUGAACGAUGUCAAAUUUGAUUGGGUUCACUUCUUUAUCGUUGCACUUAGCGAUGGCACUCGCUUUUCCCAUCUCCGUUUUGCCAUCCCCAUUAUGCAUAUGCUUGCUCAUUGCAAAAUAGACUUCACUCGGGACACUCAGGUGCCGGUCAAGAAGACGUGUUUCAUCACUGAAGCCAAGUUUUCCCGGAUCGUGUAUCGAGAGGAGGGCAAUGCUUCACCAAAUCUGGACCUAAUAGUCGUAGAAGAAGAAGAAGAGAGCCAAAACGAGACUCAAGCAGAGUCAUCUCAAGCCGGAGGAAGUCGAGCCACGGAGCGCGUCACUCGUCAACGGAGGACUCGUCCAAGAGAAGAAGCACCAGAACCUUCUUGGGUGAAGAAGAUAUUCGAUACUCUCACGUGCAUCCGAGAUGACGUUCGCCAGCUCAACGAGAGGAUGACUCGUCUUGAGCAAUCUCGCUCCUACCGUGGCCCGCGUCACAGUUUUGGCGGAGGAGCUCGUCCGGCGAACUCUCUUUGAUUGUUAUCUUCUUUCCCUCUUGACUGAUUAUGAUACAUUGUUAUUUGUUAUGACUCUUUUGGUGGAUGAUGAUGUUUCCUUUCGAUGAUGCUAGUUGAUAUUAACUGCUCGUGUAUUAAUAUCAUUGUUGGUUUGGCAAUAUUGUUCUUAUUUAGAACAUAUUGUCCCUUUGUGGCAUUUCUUCCUUCAAUAUCCCGGCAUUGUUUAAGGGGGAAGAGUGCAGCAGUUCAUAUUAAGACAAUUCUUCUUUGGGAGAUAUUCGACAAAAAGAGGAAAACCAAUACCGGUAAAUGGUGAAAUUUCCAUUUUGUUGAUUAGUGGAGGCGUUGAAAUUUCCAUUUUGUUGAAAGUACCGCCAACCUCCAGCCAAUAAAGAAGACUCGGCAUGAACCUUGUCAUCAAAUAGGACAUGAAAGAGGUUAAUAAAUAGGAAAAUCUCUUACCAAGGUGAAUAUUGUCAAAUUGACUCUCGAGCCAAGUAUAUAUGUAAUAUUUUUUGUUAUUGUGUUGUGUUUAAAUUUUAACGUGGUGGAACUCAUCUACUAAAAAAUAAAUGUUCUACUACGUU